UUAAUACUCUGUCUUUGGCAGGAGAGAGACCAGACUCUCACUCUGACAGCAGGAAGAGUCCUUCAGAGGAACCAGACCCAGAGACGCCCAAACCAGCGAGACGACACCCCUGCUCCCAGUGUAAUAAGAGUUUUAAGUGGUUAUGGAAGCUGAAAGAGCAUGACAGAACACACACAGGAGAAAAGCCUUACCACUGCUCUCAGUGUGGAAAAGGUUUUACCAACUUAGGGAACCUAAAAAAACAUGCAAAAUUACACACAGGAGAGAAGCCUUUCCAAUGCUCCCAGUGUGGAAAGGGUUUUACACGGUUAGGGAACCUGAAGGACCAUAAAAGAGUACACACAGGAGAGAAGCCUUUCCAAUGCUCCCAGUGUGGAAAUGGUUUUACUCAGUUAGGGAAUCUGAAAAGGCAUGAGAGAAUGCACACAGGAGAGAGAACUUUCCAAUGUUCCCAGUGUGGAAAGAGUUUCACACGGUUAUGGAGCCUGAAAGAACAUAAAAUAGUUCACACAGGAGAGAAGCCUUUCCAAUGUUCCCAGUGUGGAAAGGGUUUUAUUCUGUUAGGGAACUUGAAAAAGCAUGAGCGAACACACACAGGAGAGAAGCCUUUCCAAUGUUUCCAGUGUGGAAAGAGUUUUACACGGCUAGGGAGCCUGAAAGCUCAUGAAAGGAUACACACAGGGGAGACAUCUUACCAUUGCUCUCUGUGUGGAAAGAAAUUUACCAAGUUAAAGAACCUAAAAAAACAUAUAAAAUUACACACAGGAGAGAAACCUUUCCAAUGCACCCAAUGUGGAAAGAGUUUUACACGGUUAGGAAACCUGAAGGAUCAUAAAAGAAUACACACAGGAGAGAAGCCUUUCCAAUGUUCCCAGUGUGGAAAGAGUUUUACACGGUUAGGGAACAUGAAGGACCAUCAAAUAAUGCACACAGGAGAGAAGCCUUUCCAAUGUUCCCAGUGUGGAAGUGGUUUUACCCAGUUAGGGAACUUGAAAAGGCAUGAGAGAACCCACACAGGACAGAGAACUUUCCAAUGUUCCCAGUGUGGAAAGAGUUUUGCACAGUUAGGGAGCCUGAAAGAACAUAAAAUAGUACACACAGGAGAGAAGCCUUUCCAAUGCUCCCAGUGUGGAAAGGUUUUUACCCUGUUAGGGAACUUGAAAAAGCAUGAAAGAAUACACACAGGAGAGAAGCCGUUCCAAUGCUCCAAGUGUGGAAAUAGUUUUAAAAGUUUAGGGAGCCUGAAGGAGCAUGAAAGAACACACACAGGGGAGACAGCUUACCAUUGCUCUAUGUGUGGAAAGAAUUUUACCAAGUUAGGGAACCUAAAAAAACAUAUACAAUUACACACAGGAGAGAAACCUUUCCAAUGCUCCCAAUGUGGAAAGGGUUUUACACGGUUAGGGAAUCUGAAGGACCAUAAAUUAAUACACACAGGCGAGAAGCCUUUCCAAUGCUCCCAGUGUGGAAAGGGUUUUACCCAGAUAGGGAACCUGAAAAGACAUGAGAGAACCCACACAGUCUUAACAAUGACCCCAGGAGUUGGAACCAGUUCAGAAAACAGAACAGAAAACCGCAAAAAAAUGGUUUUUAUUGAGGAACAGAAACAGAACCGGGAAAGAAAGUGAUCUCUUGCGUUCUGGAACAGAAACAUUAUUUUAAAAGUAUGGUAACCAGUUAAUAACGUUCUUUUAAAGUAACUCUCCUGUGAAAAUCUAACUUUUUAAAGUUAAUCCUCUCCAAACUCAUAUCCAAAUAAUGUUGUUGACUCGUCCGAUUCUCGUAUUUGAGGCCAAAGCAUAAAUUACAGACGAAAAAAAAAAAAAUCAAACCUCUUUUUAAAAAUUACUAUUUCCCAAUAGAACAUCUCCCUGAGGAGGAUGAACUGGCCAAUCAACGGUCUUGAGGAGAAUGAGCUGGCCAAUCCACGGUCUACUUGUGUUAUUUUUGUGACCAGUAUACGCCCACAACAUUCUAUUAGGAAGGUGUUCUUAAUGUUUUGUCCACUCUGUGUUCCUCUGCAUGAUGUAUUGUUACACCGCAUAGGAGCAGUACAGACCUAGUCUGUUCAUUAUAUACAUCUACAUGAUGUUACACCGCAUAGGAGCAGUACAGACCUAGUCUGUUCAUUAUAUACAUCUACAUGAUGUUACACCAUGUAGGAGCAGUAUAGACCUAGUCUGUUCAUUAUAUACAUCUACAUGAUGUAUUGUUACACCAUGUAGGAGCAGUACAGACCUAGUCUGUUCAUUAUCUACAUCUACAUGAUGUUACACCGCAUAGGAGCAGUACAGACCUAGUCUGUUCAUUAUCUACAUCUACAUGAUGUUACACCAUGUAGGAGCAGUAUAGACCUAGUCUGUUCAUUA